UCUCUAUAAUUUUAAUUUUGCUUAUUUUGGACAUGUGGGCUUUUCCCCCUAUUAAAUCAAGUUUCUUUUCAGUUCCUUCACGUGUCUUUCAUGUCGAUUGUUUUUUCUUACCUGAAAUUAUUGCUUUAACUGGUUAUCAAUCAAAAUCGUCUUUUGGAAUGUUCAACAACAAUAUUAAUAAAAACAAUAGCAAUGGAACUAAAAUUACUGGAGAAUGCUAUUCUCCCUUUCAGUCUUCUUAUCAAUUUGAAUCCAAUCCUCCAAUUAAUCCUUAUGGAUUUUUUGAAUCCUCAAAUAUACAGAACGAUUCUUUUGGUUAUGAGAAUGGCAGUUAUGCAAUGAAUUCUUUCCCAUUAUGCCAUUCAAACUCCAAUUAUAUAGAUCAACUCCUUAUUGACCGUCCUUCAUUUGCUGACAAAAAUUUUUUAUUAAAAUUUCGUGUUGGAAUGCUUCUUUUGCCGCAAAAGGAUAUUGUUGAUAAAUAUUUGGACUCUGGUGGCAGACAAUGGCGUGAUUCUGUUGAUAUUGAUCUUGUUGUAGCUACAUUAAGAUACCUUGUGGAUAGUUCUGUUCAAGGGGCAAUAAUUGUUUUUCUUCCUGGAUAUGAAGAAAUUUGUAAUGUUUAUUAUCGAAUUAUGACAAUUUUUGAAGAAGGAAAAUUUAUUUGCGAACCUGUUGUUUUUACUCUUCAUUCUCAAAUUAAUAUGAAUGCGCAGCAGAAAGUGUUUGAUCGUGUUAAAGAUGGACAACGUAAAGUGAUUUUGAGUACCAAUAUUGCUGAAGCUAGUCUUACUGUUGAUGAUGUUGUAUUUGUAAUCGAUAGUGGAAAAGCAAAAGAGAAAUCUUAUGAUUCUUCAACUCAUGUUGCCCGCCUUAAUUGUUGUUGGAUUUCACAAUCAAGUGCUGAACAAAGAAAAGGUCGUGCUGGUCGUUGCCAAUCUGGUUAUUGUUUUCGCCUAUAUACUUUGGAAGAUUAUAACAAAAUGGAGCCAUCACAAUUACCUGAAAUUAAACGAACUGCUAUUCAUGAAGUUUGUUUGCAUGCAAAAAUGUCUGCACCUGGUGGUUUAACUGUUCAAGAAUUUUUGAGACAAGCGCCAGAUCCACCUGAUGAAUUUAUUGUGGAUCAAAGCAUGUUAUUUCUUGAGCUUCUUGGUGCCCUCCAAUCGCCACAAAGCUGGGAUGACUUUAUUACUCCAUCAGAUGGUUAUGUGGAUUAUAAUUAUUCUCCUACGCAACGUAAUACAAACCAUCGUAAUCGAGGGACUCUCUACCAGAAAAUGAGCCGUUCCAGCAAUAUUUCACCAAGAAGUUGUACUCAAUAUAAUUUUGAAGAUGCAUUAAAUGAUAUCCAGAAAGAAGCUGACAUUACUGAAAUUGGGAAAAUUAUAACACACCUGCCAUUAGACCCCAAACUAGCCAGGUUGUUACUUUUUGGACUUUCUUUUAAAUGUUUGAACCCAAUUACUACUCUUGUUGCUGCCAUAUCAUAUCGUGAUCCAUGUUAG